AUGGAAACGAUGAUUCUUUUAGCUCAAGACUUGAAUGAUGAUAAUCCAAGUAGUUUUUUACCAUCAUAUUCAUCAGUUAAUAACGAUGGCACGUGCUCGGAAACUACAAGUGGGAAUACUUCAUCGGAACUCUUUCGUUUAUCAUCAGAUGAACAACGAGAUAUGCUUGCAAUUAUUGAUAAUGAACAAAGGAUGCCAAAUUCAACUUUUGAUCAAAAUCCAGGUGUUACAAACAUGAUGAUGCCCCAAGAAACAAUUGAAAAUCAAAAUGUAUUCAUGUAUCAAAUGUAUCCAUCGAUAUUUGAAAUGAUUGAUAUUGCCAUGUCCGUUAAGCAACAACCUAAGGCAAAUAAUCGUAUACGUUAUGAUUGUGAGGGUAUUCGAAAUUUGCAACGCAGUGUAUUAGCUAAAAAUCAAACAUUGGGAAUCGUCACGACGAUAGUAACAAGUACAAAUAAUCCCAAAGGUCAAACAUUUGUUCAUGCUAAUGAUAUUACUUAUCGUGACUCAGAUGCAAUAAAAAUAGCAUAUGGAUGUGUGUUUGUUCCUUUAAGACAAUCUAAUGAUGUAAAAGAAUUUCGACGUCUAUCAAUUUUAUAUCACAAAAAUAUAGUGACUAUACGUUUGAUCUUACACCAUUUGAUACAAAUACGAUGUUUGGAACAAUAG